AUGGCUAGGGCUACCGAGGUAUUGCGUGCUGCUUUACUUCGUUUAACGACAGAUGACAAGUAUAAAGCUGCAGAGUCCCUCGUAGAGUGUUUGGAUACCCUCGUUAAUUCAGGUGUUAUCAAAGCCUCAACAAAAUCAAUGCUCUUGCAACCGGCAGAGGAGGGCGUGCAAUUUGAAAGAACUUCUUUGUCAAAAAUUGAGAUUCUUGGAAAUUUGCACAAAUUUGUUGCUGAGGGUGCGACUCGCAAAAACUUCCGGCGUUUUCUGCCUCCAACUAAAAAAUCAUCCGACUGGGAUCUUAUCUUGACGCCUAAUGCGGACUCCUUGGAGGCACUCUGGCGCGAUCGUCUAAUUUCUCAAUUGGCCGCAGAAAGGAUUGAUACGACGGCGGGAGAUAUCAUGUCUCGAAUAUUAUGCGUUGCCGUAACAUCUAAAGAAUGUGGUCACAUUAUGUCUCCUGUUUCGGAAACGGUUUCCCACUCCCAGCUAAUAAAGAGCUUCGAGGAUCCCCCACAAUUCCUCGAUUCUUACUUGACUCUACUUCUUGACGAUUCUUUUUCUCUUUUGGAACAAAAGCCUGGGAUUGCUGGGGGAAUGUACGAAAACCCUGGCCUCCGUAUUUUCCGUAUCCUAAUGUCGGAAGGCUACCUGCCGCAUGAAACUUUGGAGAGACGGCUACUGAUUCCACAGCACGAGUUUCGCAAGAUCCUCCCCCAAAUGGUUGCCAGUGGCUUUAUAUCCACUAAGGAGUUCUCCCGGUCGAAAGAAUUUAACGCAGACACAAUUGUCUGUUUGUAUCACGUAAACCUCCCCUUGGUGGCGAGACUGACAAUCGAAUAUGCACAGCACUGCCUCCUCUGCAUAGGCAGCCGCUAUGACGCCGAGUUGGCCGCCAAAAACCGCGUAAUCGACCAGCGCUAUCGUGUUGAGUCCUUGAUCCAUGCUCACCGGGAAAAGUGCGUCGAAUUGGAGAGGAGUGGCGAGGUCGGCGACGACAGGGAGGAGCAGAUCAAGUCACACAAAGAAAGUGUGCAGGCUCUGCAGAACAGUCUUACGCCGGCUGAAGUUGUCCAGGUCACAAAGCUCUCCAACCGUCUAGCCAAACUCUCAGCAGCCCAGUGGGAAGCCGAGACGGCAUGGUUCAUCGCGGACUUGUACCUCAGACUACAUUUUGAUAAAUAA